UGUUUACGACCGCAGCACCAUCGUUCGGCUUCCCGAGCUUCCAUCAACGGAAGCACCGAAUCGAUUCGUGGCAUUCCAUCUCUCUAUCGGUGUAGUGAUGCAUAGGUAGCAGCUUGAGAUGUUUUCUGUGCCGCGUCUACGUCAUGUUGCGGAGUCGACUGCGACGCGUCUCUCUAGAUGCCCUGUCGGCAUCGCAAGGGCACUAACAACAUCCUGUCUUGCAACGCAAUGUCCAGUGUCAGUGCUGCGGCCUUCGGCCUUGACGUUAUGUGCCCCGUCACGAACGUUGUGUCUGCGUAAUGGUCGCAGAACAAUCGGCGCAAGGCAUGUGAGCAUUGAGGCCCCGCGUGAGCCGACUGCAGGAAGCGAGCCUGGCAUCGACAUCACAAACGAUGAUGCAUGGCCCCAGUGGCGCCAGAAGGUGCAAUCCCAGAUUACCGCCGUGGACUUUUCUAAGGACAGAAUCGAGAAGUAUGAGCUGGACAACACGACACUUCGGGAGUUCCUUGCGAAACCACGCGAGGACUGGGUCACUUGUCGAUGGAUAAAUGUCAAUGGACUCAGUUGGGAUGUGGUCCGGUUGUUGGGUGAGAAGCAGAAAUUGCACACUCUGGCCAUCGAAGACCUCCUGCAUACAAGAAAUCGCACCAAGGCGGACUGGUAUCCGGAGCAUAUCUUCGUUCUUCUGACUUUGCAGCGGCUCGUUCGCAAGGCGACAAACCCAACAGAUGGAGGAACACCCAAACCCCUUCGUCCGAGGCAUGUUAGCACCAAUAGCCCGGCAUAUCGGGAGAAGCAUGUACCCGCCGAAUACCGACAGGCUGUCAAGACGCUGCAAGCAUAUCGGAUUGACGCAGACCCAGAACGAACACGCUACAUGGAAGAGCACUCCACACUCAACUCCAAGGGCCUCAUGGUAUCUGUGGAGCAAGUAUCCAUCUUCCUACAAAGCGACAACACCAUAGUCUCGUUCUUUGAACACUCCGCCGACGUAAUCGAAGAGCCGAUCCUUAAGCGCCUCCAGUCAUCAGAAACCGUCCUCCGCCAAAGCGGCGACGCCAGCAUGGUCAUGCACGCCAUCAUCGACGGCAUCGUCGACCUCGCGAUCCCCAUCACCACCGCCUACGAAGACAGUAUCGCCGAGCUCGAACUCGACGUGCUCACCGGCCCCACCAUCGCGCACUCAAAAGCCCUCUACAUCCUCACCUCCGAGCUCUCCCUUCUGCGCUCCCAAAUCGCCCCCAUCACCAGCCUUGUCAACGCGCUGCGUCAACACAACGCAAACGCCCUGAUGCAAAGCAGCAACUCCUCGCACAACACAUCCUCAUCUCCCAUCGCGGACUCCCCACCCCCAUUCGCCCCCAAAGACCCCGCCACGGCAUCCAUCACCAUCACCGCGCUAUCCCACACCUACUUCAGCGACGUCGAGGACCACUGCAUCACCGUCACCGAGUCGCUGGAGCGCAUGCGGCGUAGCGCGGACCGCAUGAUCAACUUGAUCUUCAACACGAUGGGCGCGUAUCAGAACGAGAGCAUGAAGCAACUAACGUUUGUCACGAUUCUGUUCUUGCCCAUGACGUUCUUAGUCGGGUACUUUGGGAUGAAUUUUGAAGACAUGCCGGUGUUGGAGAACAGCGAUAUGUAUUUCUGGUGGUUGUGUGUGCCGGUGACAGGGACCAUGGUGUUGGUGUUGAUGCGCAAGCGUGUCUGGCGUGCGUUCACGCGAUUCUGGCAGAGGAGAGAUGUGGCGAAGUCUCGACGGGCGAAAGUGCAGUGGAAUCAGGAGCAGUGAUGAUGGGUGUAGGUCGAUGCUGCGGAUGCGAAUGUGUCCGAGGCAGAUACCGUGCAUAUAAACAUCUACCACAGCAAUGUACGAUAUUGAUAUCAACCGUAUCAAGAGACUCAACCAUAAGCCACGUCUUUCCUCGUUUCUAUGAGCACUGCAUCAUUGCCCAAGAAAUGUCAUGUUUCGAGAAGCGUACACGCAAAGCCUGCGCUGAUGUUCAGGUCGCCGCACAGUAGUCGCACGACCCAAAAACCAGCCCCUGACAUCCCCCACCGCGCUCUCAAAAACAUUCUCUCCAACCUCUCAUGCUGCAUUCUAUCAAAUAAGGAUGCGAGAGAAGUGUGGAGAAGGAGCAAAAAGAUGGUCACUACGAGGGUCGAACUCGCGACCUUGGCGUAUCAAGGUAUAAUCUAUUAGCACCACGCU